AAACAAACCCCACCCCCACGCCACACCCAUUGACUCCUCUUUCUUGAGCUUUGCCUGUGAUUUCAUUGUGGUCCCUGCAAGUGUGAGGAGAUCCAGGUGAAUAGUGAUGGCUGUCCAUCCCUAUCUCUCAUCCUUUAUGUUCUUACUAGUUUUAGUUUCCCUGCAAAUUCUGAUGUCUGGUAACCUCAUCUCCAUCGUUCCAUGCCAUGGCUUCUCGGUUAAGGAAGCCAGCGUGAGUGAGAUCCAGCAAGCCUUAAGAGAGAACAAGCUCACCUCCAGAAAGCUCGUCGAGUUGUAUCUUGAGGAGAUUGAGAAGCUCAAUCCAACACUCCGAGCAGUAAUAGAGGUGAAUCCUGAUGCUCUGGUUCAGGCGGACAAGGCCGAUCUGGAAAGAAGCAGCGUCGUUAGGGACAGUGGUAGAAGCUCCUCCUCCUCCUUCUCUGGGUUGCACGGCAUUCCCAUCCUAAUCAAAGACAACAUAGCCACAAAGGACAAGCUCAAUACCACUGUCGGAUCAUUUGCGCUGCUGGGCUCCGUCAUCCGUCGCGAUGCAGGCGUCGUGGAGAAGCUCAGGGGUGCAGGGGCCGUCAUCUUGGGUAAGGCCAGCCUUAGCGAGUGGUGUAACUUCCGUUCUCACUCUCCCAUUAUCGGUUGGUGCGCCAGAUCUGGUCAGGGUAAAAACCCCUAUGUGUUAUCAGACAAGACAUGUGCGUCGAGCACCGGAUCGGCUAUAGCGGUGUCGGCAAAUAUGGUGGCGGUCUCGCUCGGGACAGAGACGGAUGGAUCCAUCAUCUGCCCAGCCGGUUUCAAUGGCGUCGUUGGGAUUAAACCCACCGUCGGUCUCACUAGCCGCGCUGGCGUCAUCAUCAUCUCUCCCCGUCAGGAUACCAUUGGGCCCAUCUGCAGGACUGUCUCAGAUGCAGUUUAUGUGUUGGACGUGAUCGUUGGGUUUGAUCCAAGAGAUGCAGAGGCAACUAGAGAUGCUGAGAAGUACAUCCCCAGCGAUGGUUACAAGCAAUUUCUAAAGGCAGACGGGCUCCAAGGUAAGAGACUGGGAAUUGUUAGGAAGCCCUUCUUCAAUUUCCCCAAAGGAUCACUCCUUUCCCAAGCUUUUGAGGACCACUUCAACACAUUAAGGCAAAGGGGUGCUGUUUUGGUAGACAAUCUUGAAAUAGCCAACAUCAGCUCCAUACUUGAUCACUCUCAAAGUGGCGAACAGAUGACGAUGCUAGCUGAGUUCAAGCUCGCUCUCAAUUCUUACUUAUCAGACCUCGUAACCUCUCCUGUGAGAUCUCUUGCUGAUGUAAUUGCAUUCAAUGAGAAUCACCCAGAUCAGGAAAGGAUGAAAGAUCUUGGUCAGGAGAAACUUAUAGAAUCUGAAGAAACCAAUGGAAUCGACGGGGAAGUGAGAAAUGCAAUUGAGAACAUGGAGAGACUGUCAAGAGAUGGGUUUGAAAGGAUGAUGAUCGAGAACCAACUGGAUGCAAUGGUGACUCCAAGAGCAAGUGCUUCUGCAGUUCUUGCAAUUGGUGGGUACCCAGCAAUCAGUGUCCCAGCAGGAUAUGAGAGCGAUGGACUUCCAUUUGGGAUCUGUUUUGGGGGCCUGCGUGGUUCAGAGCCUAAACUGAUUGAGAUUUCUUAUGCUUUUGAGCAAGCCACGAAGAUCAGGAAGCCUCCCUCCUUAAGGCAUAUUCAUGUGGCAAGUUCUUAUUCAGAAUUGUGAUUUGAAAAACAAAAAAAGUUCUCUGCCAGGCUGCGUGGCCCCUGUAAAAAUAUCGGGCCAAUGAGAAUGCACAGGGUUUAAAUGCCUGGUGAGCACUCAAAACACGGGUGCAAAAUGAUCACCCCACCUCUCAUGAAAUGAAAAUUUCCCACACGCUUUUAGCCCCUGCAUGCGCUCUCAUAGGUGCUGAACAUGUGUGGUGGCCACGCAGCCUGGCGGGGAUCUUUUUCCCAAAAAAGGGAGCUGUUUAACCACUUUAAUCUUGUGAUGUUUAGUAAAAUCAGCAUUCUUGUGAGAUUUGGAACUUUUUCUGUUGUCCUCUUAUGGGGGUAGGGGAAGAGGGGGGGUGGGUUUGAGAAUGUUAUUUAGAAGCUACUUUGUUAGAGAUGAAGAUUGGUUAUAAAAUCUAGCAACACUGCAUUAUUGCAAUAAUUUUGAAACUCGAAUUUGAAUCGAUUGAGUUGACUCAGAA